CGCGGGCGCUGGGUGGCGGCCCUGGCGGGUCCUCAAAGUUUGAGGGAGUUAGCUUAAAGUUUUCCCGCUGGUUUAGGGAAAGCUACCGGCAGUUUCCGGGAAAGGAGACAAGAUUCUGGCUCUGGAAGUACGGGUUCGGAGACAGCGCUUCGGCCCGGGGAAUCCGCAGUCUGAAGCUGGAGACUACUCGAGCCGCGGGCGAACCUCCUCCGAGGGCUGGUCGGGAAGCCCUCCCGGAGGUGGGAAACCAAGGCCCGGCCUCCGGAGCCCCUCUAAAGAAGAUGACUCAAGACCAGCCUUUGCUUGCUGUGCACGAGGCCCUGAGGAAGUGCUUUCCCGUGGUGGAGGAGCAGCAGGGCCUGUGGCAGAGCACGCUGAGGGACAGCCAGCCCCUCCUGGCCUCCCUCAGCAACCUGGCAGAGCAGCUGCAGGCGGCCCACAAUCUGCGGUUUGGGGACGUGCCUCCACUUCGGGCCUUCCCAGACUUAAAAGAGCGGCUGAGGCGCAAGCAGCUGGCGGCUGGCGACACUGUCUUGGACAAGUUAGGGGAGAGGCUAGCCACCCUCCUCAAGGUGCGUGACACCGUCAGCAGGCACGUGGAGCAGGUGCUUGAGAUCUAUGAGCAGCAUGCAGACUCGAUUGGCAUUGAUGCUGUUCUGCAGGCUUCAGUGGUCAGCCCUUCUGUGGCUGACAUGUUGGAAUGGUUGCAGGAUAUUGAGAGACAUUAUCGAAAUUCUUACCUGAAGAGGAAGUACCUCCUGUCCUCGAUCCAGUGGGGAGAUUUAGCAAACAUCCAAGCUUUGCCCAAGGCCUGGGACCAAAUUUCAGAAGAUGAACACCAAAGCCUUGUACAAGAUACCCUGUUGAAUGUUUCCUUCUUCCUGGAAGAGUAAGGAAGCCGUGUGUUUACCAGCCAACUAGGGGGACACAGUAGAAGACUGA